AUGUUCCCUUCUUCUCUUGACGCCUCAGAUACAUGCGACACCACAUCCAACGUCUUGUUGAUACAAUUAGGCCGUGAGCGCAGCUGUCGCUGUCGGAUCGUUUCACGUCAAGCCCAGCCUAGUACACUUUGCCGUCGGAGGGGGCGCAGCAGUCGACAGGCUCAAGGCGUUUAUCACGACAAGCGGGUCAGUUCCUGGAGAGAAGGCUAG